GACCGGGGCCGAGCAUCUGCAAGCAAAGAGUGGAGAAACAGAGGAGAUUUCAUAAAUCCAGAUACUCUCCAGGGGUCCUUAAAUGCAGCAUAUAUGACUGAGGAUGAGAGGAAAGGGGUGAUGAAAAGCUGCCAGGUGGUUUAGUCCAUUUAUUCAUUUGAUUCAUUCGUCUGGCGGGUGGUACAGGCCAUCAGGAAAGGAUUAGAUUAUAUCCUGGAACACCUUUUGUCCUAGAUAUGAUCUCGAAAUGUAAGAUUCGGAGCAGCGGAGGACGCAUGAAUUAAAAAAAAAAAAAAAAAUUCAAGCACUCAAGCGGAGGUGUGUGUGGAGGAGAGAGAGAGCAGCCGAUGCCCGGAGGAAACAUCCGCCUGUGUGGACGGGCAGGAAGGUGGUACCCGACGCGUUUACUAUCCGGGAUCUGACUCCCCGGGGUGAUGGGCUGCGCUCCCAGCAUCCACGUCUCUCAAAGCGGGGUGAUCUACUGCCGAGACUCGGACGAAUCCAACUCCCCGCAUCAGACCACCACCAUCUCCCAGGGCACCGCGGCCACGCUGCACGGGCUCUUCAUCAAGAGCGAUGCGGCCGAGACCAUCCCCCCCCCCUCCGUCAUCACCUACCAGGGCAGGCAGGCGCGCAACAACUCGCACCGGGAUCGGAAGGAGAACAGCGGGGGGGGACACGUCCGCAUCGAGGCCGAGACGCAGACCAGCAACGCCAGCGUCAAGGUUUCCUCUACAGAAGAAUGUGUUGGACCAAUGAGGCUGACUCAGGAGCCGAUUCAGGUCCUGCUGGUUUUCGCCAAAGAGGACAGUCAGAGCGACGCCUUCUGGUGGGCCUGCGACCGCGCUGGAUUCAGGUGCAACAUCGCGCGGACGGCCGAGUCCGCCGUGGAGUGUUUCCUGGACAAACACCACGAGAUUAUCGUCAUCGAUGGACGUCACUCGCGCUACUUUGAGCCUGAAGCUGUGUGCAGGUUGAUCAGAGCCACAAAGCCUUCUGAGAACACCGUUAUUCUCGCCAUUGUGCCACAAAAAGUGGCAGACCAGGACGAGCCGUCUGUUCUUCCUCUCCUCUGUGCUGGAUUCAGCAGGAGGUUUGCGGAGAACAGCAGUGUGUCGGCCUGCUACAAUGAGCUCAUUCAGAUUGAGCACGGGGAGGUGCGCUGUCAGUUCAAACUGAGGGCCUGUAACUCUGUGUUCACCGCUCUGGAGAACUGUCAAGAGGCUGUGGAGAUCACCAGCGAGGACCACAUAAUACAGUAUGUAAAUCCAGCGUUUGAGCGUAUGAUGGGCUACCACAAGGGGGAGCUGAUGGGGAAGGAGCUGACUGAACUCCCCAAGAGCGACAAGAACAGAGCAGACCUGCUGGACACCAUCAACACCUGCAUCAAGAAAGGAAAGGAGUGGCAGGGUAUUUACUUCGCUAGGAAGAAGGCAGGCGACAGCAUCCAGCAGCAUGUGAAGAUAACACCCGUCGUCGGCCAAGGAGGGAAGAUUCGACAUUUUGUAGCCAUCAAGAGACCUCACAUAGACAACAAUAAUCAGAUUCACAAGUUCAACAAGGAGGAGAGAUGCAGCGGGGAGCAUUCUCAGUCAGAGUGCCAUUCUCAACGUCACCGCGACAGGAGGAAAGACUCCAUCGAGUCCCGAUCGCUCAGCUCUCGCGGUAGUGACGCUUCGGGUUUACAGAACCGGAGAUAUUCCUCUGUCGCCAGGAUUCACUCCAUGACCAUCGAAGCUCCCAUCACCAAGGUGAUCAACAUCAUAAACGCGGCGCAGGAGAGCAGUCCGGUGACGGUGGCCGAGGCUCUGGACCGCGUGCUGGAGAUCCUGAGAACCACCGAGCUCUACUCCCCGCAGCUCGCCUCCAAAGAAGACGACCCCCACACCAACGACCUGGUCGGGGGGCUCAUGAACGAUGGGCUACGGAGACUCUCUGGAAAUGAAUAUGUCUUCUGCAAAAAUAUGAGCCAGAGCCAGCUGGCGAUCCCCGUCACUCUGAAUGACGUCCCUCCAUCCAUCGCCGAGAUGCUGAACGAUGAGGAGUGCUGGGAGUUCAACAUCCUGGAGCUGGAGGCAGCGACACACAAGAGGCCGCUGACGUACCUCGGGCUGAAGAUCUUCACGAGUUUCGGCGUGUGUGACUUUCUGAGCUGCUCGGAGGCCACGCUGCGCUCCUGGCUGCAGCUCAUGGAGAGCAGCUACCACUCCUCCAACUCCUACCACAACUCCACACACGCCGCAGACGUGCUGCAUGCCACGGCCUACUUCCUGCGCAAGGAGCGGGUCAAGGGCAGUCUGGACCAGCUGGACGAGGUGGCGGCUCUUAUAGCAGCCACAGUGCACGACGUGGACCACCCGGGCCGGACCAACUCCUUCCUGUGCAACGCCGGCAGCGAACUGGCAAUCCUGUACAACGACACGGCCGUGCUCGAGAGCCACCACGCCGCCCUCGCCUUCCAGCUCACUGUCCGAGACACCAAGAGCAACAUCUUCAAAAACACAGACAGGAACCAGUUCCGGACGCUUCGACAGGCCAUUAUUGACAUGGUCCUGGCCACGGAGAUGACCCGACACUUUGAACACGUCAGCAAGUUCGUCAACAGCAUCAACAAGCCGAUGGCCGCCAUAGAAGAGACCAGCACAAGCAGCAUGAACAGCGACUGUGAGGGUCAGGCCAACAUCAGGAACUCUCCGGAGAACCGCCUGCUCAUCAAGAGGAUGCUGAUCAAGUGUGCAGACGUGGCCAACCCCUGCAGGCCGCUCGAGCUGUGCAUCGAGUGGGCCGGGCGGAUCUCUGAGGAGUACUUUGCCCAGACGGACGAGGAGAAGAGACAGGGGCUGCCCGUGGUGAUGCCUGUGUUUGACAGAAACACCUGCAGCGUCCCCAAAUCUCAGAUCUCCUUCAUCGACUACUUCAUCACGGAUAUGUUCGACGCCUGGGACGCCUUCGCCAACCUGCCCGGUCUCAUGGAGCAUCUGUCGGAGAACUACAAAUACUGGAAGGGCUUGGACGAGAUGAAGUGUAAGAGCCUGCGUCCUCCGCCGCCUUCUUGACCUUCGUCCUCCAUCCUCACACCCGAUUCGCUCUGAGCGGGGCAGGACAAGUGACGCGGCCCUGCGAAGGAACAAUAAGCCUCGGGGGGGCUCUGUGACCUCCCAGGUAACCCCGUGGACAUAUUCACUGCCAGACGCUGGUUGGUUGAUCAGGGACGCAGAGAGCACACAUCGCUGACAUGUGUCUCAUGACCCCGCCCACUCUCUUGUUUGUCCACUCGACGGCCCUGAUGAGUAUUUCUAGAAAGCACUUCUUCUGUGUGAACCUUUGAGAGUUGACUGACAAUCUGUAACAUACAGCGUGACACUACAGAAACCUGCACUUUAACGUCGCUCUUUCUUCAUCUCUUUCUUUGUCUUUAAACCCCUUCUUUUUUUUUUUUUUUUUUUCUACAUCUGCCAGUUGCUGUAAAACAAUUGAGGCGAUUAAGACGGCGACCAACCGUGAGGCAAUGACAGAAAAACAGCACUAAGAGGGAUCACUCUGUUCGCGCUGGUCUGUAAACGUGGAGUUACUCAAAUUCAAAAUUGACGACUUUUAAAGGUGCUCUGCUGAAAAUACUUCUGCUGUGUUGUGUCCAAAGUCUGCGGGAUAUUUUGACUUGUGUUAAGGACCAAGAACUGAGCAAUCAUCACGUCUGUUGGCCCCCGUAAAGAAAGAACUCACUUAGAGAUUUAGGAAAGGGGAGACCCAGAGUAGACCCAGGGUCCAGUCAGAAGGGGAGAACCAACCAGGGGGAUACUUUUUUCUACAUUUUUUUCAGCAAGACAUGACAUGGAAGAAGGUUUGUUUUUGUGAUGACUGCUGGGUUUUACCAGGUGGUGAAUCAUUUCACCCACACAUUUUUUUUUUUUUUUAAGAAUAACUUCUUCUAAGUCAUCGCUCAUUGUGCACUGUGAAAACAAAUGAAGGAACACAUUUAUACUGUA